GCGGAAGUCGUCAAAUGACGUAGAGGCGCGCAGCAUCCCCUCGAGCGGGACUUUAGUUGCUGAUUAAUGAAACAAAAAGUUUUGUGACGUUCUCAAACAGCGUUUGUUACUUUUAUUUACUACAAAUGGCCCUUCAGAUUGAAGCGGAUUUUCCACCCGCCUUUGCAUGUCUUAAAAAUGUUGAUGCCCUGCUUCGAUGUCCCAUUUGCUUUGACUUCCUCAAUAUUUCAAUGAUGACUAAAUGCUCUCACAACUUUUGCUCCUUGUGCAUCAGAAAAUUUCUCUCUUAUAAGUUGCAGUGUCCACUUUGCAAUACACAAGCAACAGAACAAGAUCUAAGAAACAAUCGUUUACUGGAUGACUUGGUCGUAAACUUUCAAUCUGCAAGGCAGCAGUUGUCAGAAGCAAAUUUUGACUCUCCUCCAAUAUCGCCAAAGACCCCAGCUUCAGCUGUCAAGUGCAAAACUCCCAGAGAGAAAGGCCAGAAGUGUAACAUCUCUGUUAUGAGUCAGUUUUUCCAAAAGAGGCCUAAACCAUCCCCCACUAAAGAAACCCAGCAAGAAAGUUCUGUCGCUCAGUGUAUUCAGCGGGGAAAAAUAGAGACUGCACGGACCCACAAUGCAAAUGACGCUGACCUACAUUCAGCAACCACUCAACUUCCAAUAGUUGUGAAGGAAGAGCCGAUGGAUGUGGAGGAAGCAUCUAUCCAGGGUUUGAUGUCCGUCAAACAGGAGGACAGAGGCUCACACAGUAUCAGCACUUUGGUUGAGAUGGCGCAUUCCUCGUCACCAUCACAAGACAUAAAGCCUGUGCCCAAAGUGGACUGCCCUGUGUGUUCUGUCAGUGUGUCCCAGCAGUUUAUCAACAAGCACCUGGACACAUGUCUUUCCAGAGGAGAGAAGAAGGAAAGCUUGCGGAGCUCCUUUGGCAAGGGGAGGCGUCCAAUGGGGAGGUUGGUGUACAACUUGCUUUCCCUGCAGGAGCUGAAGAGGAGGCUGAAGGAGUGCCAUCUCUCAGUGCGAGGUUCUCGAGACCAGCUGAUCAAAAGACACCGGGAGUUUGUACACAUCUACAAUGCCGAGUGUGAUUCCCUAAACCCAAGAUCAGCUGAAGAUAUUGCCAAAGAGCUGGAGGCCAAUGAAAAGAUGAGGAAUCAAAUGCAGGGGAAAGCCAAACCUGUCUUGGUGUUCUCAAAGAAACAUACUGAGAAGGAGAUUGAUGAGAUGCAUUCAAAUUAUAGGAAGCAGCACAGCAGUGACUUUUCCCGCCUCAUCGCCCAGGUUAGGGGUCGCCUAGAGACCACCAGACAGACUUGUAUCAAACAGGAAGUCAUUGUGGAAGGAGAGGAUGCACCAGAUACACACUCUGCAGAUCAAGUUGCAGAAUCAAAAGGCUGCUCAGUGAUAAAGGUAGAAGAUGAAGAAGCCGACGCGGAGUCAUCUGCAAGAAGGAUUGAAUUGUCAGCCAGCCCCACUUAUAGUGACGUGUCCAUUAGCAGUUCUAUUUCAGACAUCUUUGGUCCAGAACCUGCCAGAAACCUUGAAGACACGGAGGGCACCUCAGUCCAAAAGCGGAGAUCCAGCUCGAGAGGAGACGAUGCAGAUUCUUCUCCCGUCCUUGGAAAACGACGGCGUAAAACGUAAGGAGAGAUGGAAGAACGGGAAGGAGGGAGAGCAAAAGAUUUUCACUGGAUCAAAUCGAUACCAAUACAUUUUUGACUUACUUUCAAUCAUGUUAAGAAGUCACUUUGAUGCACAUUCCUGUCUGGCAUUUCACAGUAUUUUUUGAAGUUGCACUUUUCACUUAACUGUGUCAUGGUUCAAAUAAAUGUUUUGUAUUUUAACAUA